ACAGUACGCGCGUACACGGUACUACAAGACAUGCAAGACAGCUAGCAACUAGCACUCAGUAGCAGGGCAAUAUCUCUCGACGUCGACAACUGCGAAAACAAUCCUGUAAAGUGUAAGUGGGAUACCACGAAGCUCCAAUCUUUUUGGAGUUUCUGAACAGUCUACCUACCCAAUGUUUGAAUGGCAGGCACAGCUGGUUUACUGUUGGACACUGAUAGUGAAGACGAACUGCCAGCAGGAUGGGAGGAGAGAAGCACCUCGGACGGACGAGUGUUUUAUGCCAAUCAUCAGAGCCGCGACACGCAAUGGGAGCAUCCUAAAACAGGCAAACAGAAGAGAAUCACUGGAGAACUGCCUUAUGGAUGGACAGCAGAGGAAGAUGAUCAGUCAAGACGAAUCUUCGUAGACCAUUUGAAUAAGCGGACCACCUACACCGAUCCCCGGCUAGCUUUUGCCCAGGAGGAGAGCGGUAAACCGGGAGUCUUACAUCAGCGUUUUGAUGCAUUCAGUACCUCGUUUGGUGUAUUGCAGGGACGGGACCUAUCUGACAAGUAUGCAAUCAUCACGGGAGCUAAUUCUGGAAUUGGUUUUGAGACUGCAAGAUCGCUGGCCCUCCACGGCGUGCACGUUGUCAUGGCGUGUCGCAAUCUCAAAGCGGCCAAUCAAGCAGCAGCAAAGAUCAAGGAAGAGAUGUCAUUGGCUGACGUCCAGACCAUGCACCUUGACCUGGCCUCAUUCAGAAGCGUCAAGCAGUUUUCAGACAGCUACAAACUGCGGGGCUGGCCUUUGCACAUAUUGAUCUGCAAUGCGGGAGUCUUUGGUAUCAAGUGGCAGCUGACGGAAGACGGAUUAGAGAGAACAUUCCAAGUCAACUAUCUCUCCCAUUACUAUCUUGUGCGGCAACUUGAAGAUGUCCUCAUCAAGAGCUCCCCAGCCAGGGUGGUUCUCGUGUCAUGCGAGGCGCAUCGAUUUUUAGAUAUCUCCUCCAACAAACUGGACCUGAACAGAGUCUGCCUGGCCAGUACCGAGUACCGCUCCCUGUGUGCCUACGGCCAGUCCAAGCUUUGCAUGAUACUCCUUAGUCAGCAUCUCCAUCGACGUCUGUCCGACAAGGGUGUGACCUCCAACGCCGUGCAUCCCGGCAACAUGAUCUACACCAACUUGAAGAACAGCUGGUGGGGCUGGCGACUGCUUUUCCUCCUGGUUAGGCCAUUUACAAAAUCAAAGCAACAAGGGGCCGCCACCACCGUAUACUGCGCCACAGCCAGAGAGCUAGAGGGCCACGGAGGGAUGUACUUCAACCAUUGUCAGCUGUGUGAGGCGUCCGAGGAGGCUAACAAUGAAGACUUAGCCACUGCGUUGUGGCAACUGAGUGACUCUCUGAUCAAGGAACGUCUGAGCAGAUACACACUUUAACAAGGUUUUUGGAAAUGUAGUCUAAGGGUGGCAUGUUCGCAGCCUGGUUUUCAGCCAAAUUGUUGCGGCAGGAUCCAAAGAGAGCGCCCUGUCUGUGUUAAUGCAUAUUCAUAGAUGACCAGAGCUUUGGAGAAUAAAUGAAUGAAAGGUUAGCGGAAACACCAUGAGAUGGUUCUGAAAGAACCAAAAAAAUAAGUUUCAUAAUAAGGGCGUUUAAAUCACCGACAGAAGGCAGCAGAUUUGUGGACUGGUUGGAAGUAGUCGUGCCUUCUACUCGGUUGUUCUGAGUUCAACUCCCAGUGAGACAUUUUUCUAUUCUUCUCAUUCUAUCUUUUGAAUAACAUAAGUAAGGAGGGUACAUUUCUUUCAACACGACAUGUAAACCUUACGUUGGGUUUGUGUUGUCGACAAAGCAUUAGAUAUGCAUGCAACGGACCAAUCAGAAGAUGGGAAACCCAGUCCGUUUGGGAAAAAAACAAAUGUGCAGCCUAUUCUCCAUCCAUUCACACAGCCUUAAUGCUGAUGUGGGUAUGUCACGUUGGGGGUAAGCAUAUCAACUCCGGCUAACUGCAGCUGCUGUUCAGUGAUGUCAAAUAACAGAUUCUGUGCUUGAACAGUACUAGUUGGUAUUACGUGACUACUGGUGAGAGUUUGGUGUGCGGAACACAGAGUACGCCGACUGAUUUUGUUUUGAACAAGAUCUCAUUUGUGAGAUCUUUAUGUGAGCGCUAGGCAAACGAAGCAAAGACGUUCAAGAUGUCUGCCCGACUCUCUCUGUAUCACACAGACUCGCACAUGUGGCUGGAACUUGUAAUAUGAACAACAGUAUGGAUCAAAUUAAAACAAUUGUACAGUGACACUGUUCAUCAUUGUGUCUACGCUUGUUUCAAUGAUUUUAUUGUCACAAAUCACAAGGGGGGGGGGGGCAUUAAACCGAAAAGAUUAUCCAAGAAGUACAUAGUCAUAAGUAAUUGCGUAUAUAUCGAGUAUUCAUUCAUUUCAGCACCUACAAUGUUGCACACAUCAUACGUGAAAUAAAUUGGAAGGAAACGUUAUUUUUUAACAUGGAGCAAUGUCGGGCGACGACUGCAAAUUAUGCUCGCGCACUAAUAGAAACAUGAGAACACCUGUCAAACGCUUGUUAAAACGUCGUCGUGAAACUUUUUGAUGCUGGCUCCCUGCUGUGCUUUAUGAUGCGCGCAGCUAUUGGUAACCAGUGAUGGAACCAUGCCCCGGUUCCAAACAGUCGACCAGAGGAGUCCGAUCAUCCUGCACUGCGAGUAAAGUUUAGUCAAACAAACUUUUUUUUAAUUGAAUACACAUAUGUACUUUUGCCUCAGUAGGUGUAUAUUUAAAGAAGAGGUUUUGUAUUAAACAGGUUUCGGCUGAACUUUGUUACAAUCAAAAGCGAUUUAAAGCAUAUUCACAGUAAUGUACAAAAUUCUCUUAACUUCUCUGAAUAAAAAAAAAAGAAACAAUUGAGAUUUGUUUUAUCACAUUAAUUUACGCAAGUGUGUUUGCAAAGCAAACCAAUUUAUUGUCAAUUAUACACAUUUUUAAAGAAAAAAGGGCAUGCUUUGCUACAUAUCUUUAAAACAUGAAUUUCUACGCCUGUUAAUGUGACUACAGCCCACAAAAUGAGUUUUCAAACUUUUCAGUUUUAUUUACCAAGCCAUUUUCACCUUUUCUUGGUCUUUUUCAUAACGUAGACCGGCUCUCACAUCCAACUCAUUUUGGGGGAAUUGUCACAAAAUAACUAAAUACAUAAAUGUGUCUGCGUUAAAUACAAUCAUGAAUAAUUCCAGACAAAAGUAAUGUUAAGAAUGUCUCAUUAAUGUAUUGAAUUAAAAACGCGGAGAAAUUAGUCCACGCAAUAUGGAACCUUAUCAAAGAAAAAAAAAAUGCAGAAGAGUAGAAUAGUUGUAAUUUAAGAUUUCUUUACAUAAAUUAUCCAAACACAAGAAAUUGGUUCUUUCAGGAAGAAGUAGAAAUUAGAUUGUUCAGGAAGUAGGAAAAAUUGGUUUAAUGGCAAUCACAAAUUGACAAGUAACAAUUUUAGAGUUUGUCCCAUUUUUUUUCUCUUUCAGAUCAACAAACCGACAAUCACACAUAAAACUGGACAUUUUUUUCUCAUGACAUUCUGUACAUCUAUGAAAUGGUUACACACUUUAAUAUGCCGCCAAAUUUUGUAAAUGUUCUAGAUAUGUGUCCACUAAAAGAAUUGGUACGUCCGGUUACGAUUCAAUGUUUCUUUCAGUAACGAUUCAAUGCUUUUGGUUACAUAAGGCUGCUUCAAACUUUUGCUAACGCUUACAUGAAAUAAAAUGAAAGAGAUUGAGGCCUAGAAGCCUAUAAACCUACUUAAACUUACGACUGAUGGCCGAUGUUCUAAACUGAAGACUGAAAAAGAUAGGAAGCCAUUUUGUCUCCAGGGCCCAGCUUUCUUUCUGAAUGUAACAAGAUAUAACUUCGGACUUACAAUGGACAUCAGACUUAAAAAUAAUAGUAGACAAGCUCUAUAUCUUCAAUUACGAACUAGUUUGCAAAACCUGAUGCAUCUGAAAUGAUCUUGGAGGUUGAGAUUCAUUACAGG